CAUGUACGCAUGCGUUGUGGUUUCGCUGCUGCAGAGAGUUCGCGUUCCACGGUCGCGGAGGAAAGCCGACGCUGCCAAGGAAACACACAUGCAGACAUAAGGGAAUCCAGAUUUCAGCAUCGUCGUCCAUUCCCUUGACUUCGAUAAUUCACCGGUAGUGAUGGUAGCGUGCAGUAACGCAUUUGACCUAUAGAUCUAUUCCACGAGCGAUGUCUAAAUAGCUGCCAAAUAAUACAGGCAACGAGAGGUCAAAUAAAUAAAAUAAAAAGUCAAGGGAAAGGGAAAGACAAACCAGCGGUGAGUGUGUGUAGGGCGCAGCCGCCAUGCCGCUGGUGAAGAGAUGCAUCGAGCCCAGGCACCUGUGCCGUGGAGCCGUGCCGGAUGGGGUCACCAGCGAGCUGGAGUGUGUCACUAACAGCACCCUGGCAGCCAUCAUCAAACAGUUGGGGGGCCUGAGUCGACAUGCAGAGGACAUCUUCGGGGAGCUUUUCAACGAGGCCAACAGCUUCUACAUGAGAAUGAACAGCCUCCAGGAGAGAGUGGACCUGCUGGCUGUCAAAGUCACCCAGCUGGACUCCACUGUGGAGGAGGUUUCGCUGCAGGACAUCAACAUGAGGAAGGCUUUCAAGAGCUCCACCAUCCAGGACCAGCAGGUGGUGUCCAGGAACUCCAUCCUAAACCCUGUCAUGGAGAUGUACCAUCGCUGUGACAAACCUCCACCUCUAAACAUCCUCAGCCCCUACAGGGAUGACAAAAAGGAUGGCCUUAAGUUCUACACAGACCCAUCUUACUUCUUUAACCUGUGGAAGGAGAAGAUGAUCCAAGCAACAGAAAACAAGCGGAAGGAGAAGAGGAAGCAGAAGGCGGGUGACAAGGAGCAGAAACAGGUGGAGGACCCCAGCCGGGAGGUGAAGAAGGUGAGAAAGGCCCGGAACCGCCGUCAGGAGUGGAACAUGAUGGCCUACGACAAGGAGUUCCGUCCAGACACCCGCCUCACGCCUUCACCCUACCAUGGCAUGUCCUCUGAGGGAUCCCUCUCUCCAGACAGGUCUGGUAUGUCUGAUGAACAGUCCUACCCUGCCAGCCCUAACCACCCACCUCAGGAGGGAGUUGUGCUGGGUCCUGAUGGGAAGGAGCACCUAACAGGCCCCAACCAGACCCAGUCCCUGGACCGGGCCUACCGCCCCCCUGCUGCUGCUACCACUGCAGCUCAAGGCCGCCAGCAUUCCCUGGGCCGCAUGCAGCCCCACCAUGGACCCACACCUGCGGACCCAUCCCUGAACGGACCCCGGCCCGCAGCUUCCAAAGAGGCCAGCGGUCACCAGAUGCCAGAGCACUUUAUCCCUCCGGCCCCGCCCCCACCUCCUCCCCUCAUCCCCUCAGCCCAGACGGCCUUUGACAGCAAAACAGGGCCUCCCACCCUGGCCCCUGGCACAGUGGCCACCCUGUCCCGCCCCUACAGCCCCUCACCCCCACCGCCCCCACCCGCUGGCUAUGUCCCCUCUCCAUCUCACCCUGUCACUGGAGGACCUCCUGUUGCCCCUCCUCCACCCCCACCUGGUGGCCCCCCAACAUUCGCUCCCUCUCCAGCCCAUGCCAUACACCCCUCUGGGGGAACACUGCCAAGGAAGGGCAAGGUGCUAGGCAUCCCGAUAAGUGACGCACGCAGCGACCUGCUGUCAGCCAUCCGCAGAGGCAUCCAGCUGAGGAAGGUGCAGGAGCAGCGUGAGCAGGAAGCCAAGAAGGAGCCAGUGGGGAACGACGUGGCCACCAUCCUGUCCCGACGCAUCGCAGUGGAGUACAGCGAAUCAGAUGAGGACUCGGAGCCUGAGGAGAACGAGUGGUCAGACUGAGACGGAGCAGAGGGCUUAGGCUUACUUUACUUACCUACAGAGUGCUGCUAUUCCAAUAACAGGAAACACACACACACCACAAACACACACACACACACACACACACACACAGUCAUCGCACACUACGUCUCAAUAGACCUCUUGUUAGAGGAAGUAGAUGAGAAAGUAGAUGAGGAGAUGCUUACACAGUAUGACAGUAUCCAUUAUCUAGUCAGAUAUGGGCUGGGAGGAAACCACAGUGGAUCUGGGGCUGGGGGGGGAGGUCUGUUGAAAGCAGGUACAGCAAGCUUAUACUUAUAUAUAUAAUAUGAUAUAGUAUAAUAUAUUACUUAUGGUCCAGUAUAAAAGUGUUUCUUUCAUGAGUCCUGAUAUUGUAGUUUGAAUAUUAUUUGUGGUUUCAGUUGCAUUUAGAUUUUCAAUGCAUCUCCUCCACCUGUAUAUGAGCCACACCAACACCACAGAUGUUGUUUUCUAGGUGAAGAUGCUAUGGCAUUCUUUCAACUCAUCUAACUUGAUGCACUUAAAUAUUUGUUCAUUGAAAAGCAUUAUUUAGAGUUCUCUUCUAUUCUGGCUGUGCUGUUUGUGAUCACUGUGCAUACGAAGAUGAUGUCACAUCAAGUGUUAAAUCAGGUGGGUGGAUACCUUUGGACAUAUGAUGCUGUAGCCGUAACCGUAUUGUCAACACAGCCUUUUGUUAUCUGAGGGAUGUUCCUUUCAUUUUGUCACUUUGUUCAAUUGUUUACAGUGUUGUGGUUGAGUAUUGAUACCCUAACUGGCAGUGUUUAACAUCAGUUGUCCUUUUUGGUUUACAUAAUUUGCUAAAGAUUUGAUGGUUGACUAAUGACCACUGUGUAAGACAGACCCUAACAUGGAAAUAAUUUUGGGGUUUAUUUUCUCUAUUGUACUUUGUGUGUGCGUGCGUGCGUGGUGUGCGUGUCAGCGAAAGGGAAUAUCUCAAUGCCUUGCUGUUUCCUUCUUUUCUGACUCACUUCUUUUAUGUUGAAGGCCUGGAGAUAUAGUGUCUGAUUGCUGGUGGGCUUGUCGUCCAUUUUGACUAACGUUCUACUGGAAGAGAUGAGAGAGGGUUUAUAAUAGCAGUGUUUCGAACAUACUGACCCUGUGUUCUAUCAAGUCAUGUGUUUGUACAACUACUGUGUUUUACAAUUCAUUGUUGUAUAGAUUUUCUUUUGUAACACUGCUUGUAAAAAUGAAUUUGGGUGUCUAGAUAUGAAAUGACUAUCACACUGAUCGAACCUGGAAAUAAGAAGGGCAUGUGUGAGGGGGUAAUAAAAUGAAAUAAGUGUUA